AUGCAGGAGGUAAAAAAGCACUAAGCAGGACAUUGGAAGAGAAUUUCACACAUAGUCAACGUGUUUGUUAUCAAUCUUCCUCGUUGAAACUGUGAGUACUUUAACUAUACAUACACGCAUGAUUGUUUGUAUCUCUACCUGUCCUGUCUUAAUCUUCAUUUUAUGAAGCCCAUGUAAUAAAAUCUUGAUAAUCCCAUAUUGUAAUUUUUUUCUUAAUUUACCAUCAUUAUGAAGAGAAGCUCAUUUUCAAGAAAUGUAAUAGCUUAUGUUGGUGUUUUAAUUACAGUUUCUUGUUUAUCUGUUAUAAUUAUCUCAGUUCUUAGGCUCCCUGAUGUAAAAAUGAAUUUAAUCAUGCCCAGAAAGUUGAAUCAUCAUGUUUUGCAAGUAGAAAAUGGUCAUGUGAUUGGGAAAUUUGGUGAAAUGAUGCUUGACAUGUUGCCUCAAGAUUUGGUUUUUACGGUUUUUAUGCCGUCCCAAAAGGCUUUUGAGAGGGAUCUGAGGUUGAAUUUGAGUGAAAGUUUGGUUCUUGGUGAGAAAUUUGAUAAUACUUAUGCGAUAAUUAGUAGGAUUUUGGGGUUUUCGGUUGUGCCUAGGAGAAUUGUUUUGGGGUCUGUGGAUGUUGAGAAGGAGAAGUAUUAUGAUUCAUUGUCGGGAUUUGGGUUGUUUGUUUCGAAGGAUAAGAAGGGGGUGUUGGUUAUUAAUAGAGUGAGGAGUGAACGAGUGGAUGUGAUGAGGGGGAAGAUUGUGUUGCAUAUAAUGGAUGGGGUGAUCAUGGAUGCUGAUUUUGAGCAAUCGGUUGGGCCUGAUUUUGUCGAAGAGGAUUGAGUCGUACGGGAAUUCUGUAACGAGUAAGGUAGAAGAAAGAAUGCCUUGCAUAAAGAUUCUAUUUUUGCUAUGUGGUUAAAAGAAUGCCUUGUACGGGAAUUCAUGAGUAAGGUAGAAUGAAUGGAUGGAUGGAUGUGAUGAGGGGGUAUAUUGGGUUAUAUAUAAUUGAUUGGGUGAUAAUGGCUGCGGAUUUUGAGCAAUUGGUUGGGCCUGAUUUUGGUGAAGAGGAUUGAGCCGUAAGGGAAAUCUGCAAACAGCAAGGUAGAAGAACAAAUGACUUGCAUAAGGAUCCGGUUCUGGUUAUGUGCUCGCCCUGAUUGUCCCACCGAGAUACGGGAGCUGCUCGUGUUUAGAAAUUCUUCUAAACCUGCUCCUCUUGGCGAGUAUCAGAAUCAUUCUUCAUUGAUUACACUUGUAUGUGGUUCUUGAACUGGGAAUAAUUUGAGUUCUUUGUAACCAAAUAUUUGAGAUGCUGCUGGCUAUUUACACACUUGACAUAUAUGUAUGUAGAUCAUUACACUUACAGAAAUUUUUGCAGAAUUUCCGAGCUGAAUGUCUUUUGCUCCCCUUUCUCACAAUCUGUUUGUAAUGGACUACUCUAAACGUUGAUUCCCUACUGUCUUCUGGUGCGCUAAUAGGAGGUCAAAAAGUUUCGGGUGCUAAUAGAUGUUCACAUCAAGCACUUGUUGCUUGACAUUUAAUAUAGAUAAAUUUUUUCAAUGGGGUGAUUUUUUUUUUUUUUUUUUUUUUUUUGUGAAUUUGUUUAGGCAAAGCAUGAUUCUAUGA